AUGGGCCAGAAGCGCACGUACACCGAAGCCAUGGAGGACUCCAGCAAACAACAGCGCCCCUCCCCGUUCAUGCCCAUGUUCGAGGUCUUCCGCGCCGAGCUGGAUGAGCAUCACGACCGUCGCGAGCGCAUCAUCAAGGCCUCGCGCGACAUCACCGCUGCAAGCAAGAAGAUCAUCUUUUCACUUCAGAGAAUGCGCAAGCUCGGACAGCCGAUCCCGCCCAACAUCACGAAAGCCAAUGCACAGUACUGGGAUACAAUCAAAAAGACGUAUGCGGCCGUCUCGAAAGACCUCCAGGGUAUCAAUGCCUACCGCUAUUCGCGCAACAUCACAGGAGGCCACCAGGAGUUCAUGGAAUCGCUGAGCUUUCAGCAUUACCUUGAGACCCAGUCCCUGAUUUCGUACGAAGAGUCAUGCAAGAGACUGGCAGAGCUGGGCAGCGAGGGCGGUGCCAUCCUACUGACGCCUGAGGACUACAUUCUGGGUGUCUUUGACAUGGUGGGCGAGCUCAUGCGGUUUGCAAUCACAGCAAUGGCAACAAGCGGAGCGCUGCCGGGCGGAGAAUCCCGGCCACAGCCCGUCCCAACGCACUCGGAGCAGAAGGAUGAUGCGAUGGAGGUGGAUACGCCGGCGCAGAAGUCGCAGAGGAACGUACUGGAAGAUAUGCGGGAACUGCGCACGCAUCUCGAGGGCUUGGACAUUGGUGACCGGAAGUUCUCGGACGACGUGGACAAGAAGAUGGGGGUGAUGCGGACUUGCGUGGAGAAGGUUGAGAAUGCGCUGUAUGGGCUGAUCAUACGUGGGCGAGAGCGGCCGAAGGGCUGGAUGCCCGACCUGGGAGGCGAACGUCGGGGACGCGAGGAGGUUGAGGGCUUCUGA